GCCCGCAUGAUUCUGAGGUCGUGGAGGAGAGGGGAGUAGCGGAGCCGCUGAUUGGCUGUCGCCGCGCAGAGCCUGCGGUCCCUUUAAGGGAGCGCAGCGGCCACUACCGGGAGCGGUUGGGCUGUGGAGCCCGGAGGUUCUGGAGCCUCUCCGGGUCUGGGGCAGCUGGGACGGGACCAGCCGGUCUGUGUCAGGAGGGUUCAAGGCCUCGGGGACGUGCUCCUCGACCCAGCGGGUGAAUGGCGGCUGCGGAUGACCUCAAAUUUCAAGAAUUUGACGAUGCAGCUAAUUUGCUUGCAGCAAAUCCUGGCGCUACCACAAUAAGCAUCGAUGAGCCAGUUCAAAUCCCGAAGAACCAGCGUAGCCGUCUGCAAGAGCCAGGGAGAGAAGAGGAUGAUGAGUUACUGGGGACCGAUGACUCCGAUAAAACAGAGCUGCUUGCAGGACAGAAGAAAAGUGCCCCUUUCUGGACAUUUGACUACUACCAGACAUUCUUUGAUGUGGACACGUACCAGGUCCUGGACAGAAUCAAAGGUUCAGUUUUCCCAGUACCAGGAAAGAACUUUGUGAGGCUGUAUAUCCGCAGCAAUCCUGACCUUUACGGUCCCUUUUGGAUAUGUGCCACACUCGUCUUUACCAUUGCAGUUAGUGGCAAUCUCUCUAAUUUCUUCAUCCAUCUGGGCAAACCAACAUACCACUAUGUGCCCGAGUUCAGGAAAGUAUCCAUAGCAGCAACAACGAUUUAUGCGUACGCUUGGCUCGUUCCCCUUGCUCUCUGGGGAUUCCUGAUGUGGAGGAACAGUAAAGUUAUGAACAUUGUGUCCUACUCGUUCUUGGAGAUAGUGUGUGUAUAUGGCUACUCCCUCUUUGUCUACAUCCCCACAGCGAUGUUAUGGAUCAUUCCAGAAAGGGUGGUACGCUGGGUCCUGAUGAUGUUCUCCCUGUGCCUUUCGGGCUCUGUUUUGGUGAUGACCUUUUGGCCCGCGGUCCGAGAUGACAACCGGAGGAUCGCGCUGGCAACCGUGGGGACCAUCAUUCUGCUCCAUGCCCUGCUGUCUGUCGGCUGUUUGGCGUACUUUUUUGAUGCCCCUGAAGUGGAUUUUCCUGCACCUAUUAUCCCUGCUCACAAUGGAACAACAGUAAUAACAAAGUCAGUAAGUAAGGUUACAACGCCUGUUUCUCCAUCUGUACAGUAAUUGCAUUUUAGAUUCUUUUUUCGCUGAAGAACAUGGGAACUGCAAGAACAGGGGUAGUUUUUUGUAGAAGAAAGGACAGCGCUGUCCCAUUGGAGACUGACUGGUUCCAUCAGUUGAAUGAACUGUUGAUCCCUAAUCCUUUGCAGCUGUUUUUGUUUUUUAAAUUUCGUCUAUGCUCACCACACUACUUUUCUUCCGAAUAAAGUAUUCUGAAAAUGA